CCGAGGCUGGGAAGUCUCCCUGCGCCGUGUGCGCGGCCCACAGCGGACGGGGCAGGAUGGAGAGCGACUCGUGCGACGACAGCCAGAGCGACAGCGGCGUGUCGGCGGACUUCUCCCCGUGCAGCACCCUGGAGGGCAACGCCAGCCUGUCGGCGGGGGCCAGAGAGACCCCCAUCGAGAGGGAGAUCAGACGGGCCGUGGAGCGCGAGCACAGCCUGAGGAGGUCCAGGGGGCUUCCCAACCCCCCCGCCUCCCCGGAGUAUGUGGACGUCCCUUUGAGGAAGACCGUCCUCUCCCAGGCGCUGGCGGCGAGCUCCGAGCGGCACCAGGGCAAAGACAGGCAGUUCGCUGGGAAGAAGAUGCAGCACGACAUCCGCAGGGAGACGCAGCGCGAGCAGGACCUGGUCAAGCUCGGGAAGGUGCCCGGGGUCUACGACAAAGGAACCGUUCGCCAGAUAAAAGACCGGAAACAGAUUUUUGAGGUCUUUCAGAAGCCAAGCGAUUCAGGUGUUAACUCCUCAUCCAGGAGUAAGGCCACGUCCUGGUCUUCCGCCAGUGACGCUUUAGUCCAGGAGACCCAGGAGGACGCCUCCCCCCCGGCGACGACUGGAAGAGUCUCCAAUGGGGAGCGGAGGCAGAGCGUGGACCCGCUGGGUCCCCCUCAGAGCAACCGCACAGCAAAACAAACAGCUUCAGCUGGGCUGAAACCCAGAGGACCCGGUUUCUCUGAGGCGACGGGUUGCCAGGUCAUCAUCCUGGAGAAUAACAUGAGCAUCCCAGCACUGAAACUGUACCACCAGCAGGAGGCCGAGCACGGUGCCGCUGGCGAUUCAGGAAGUCCGAACCGAAUCCGGACGAAUCAGGACGCAGGGGAAGACGCGGAAGUCAGGGAGAACCCGUUCUUCAAGCUGCGCCCCUCCACAAACGUGGGUAAAGUGGAGCAGGAGAUCCGCGAGGCUAAAGAGAGGGAGAAGGAGCUCCGCGAGCAGAGGAGUAGUGUACAGAGGGCAGCACGGGGGGCGAAGGGAGGAGGACGAAGAGGAGAAGGGCCCACCGGCGUGAAGGGAAGGACCCCGGUCGCGUCUCCUUCUCCACCGAAUGGACCCGUCGCCCCCGAGUCCUCCAGUCCUUCAUCCAGAGGGGGAGCGGGGUCUACAGCAGCGCGCCAGUCCGUUGGCAAGCUGGGCAUGUGGCCUCCGGCCGAGGCCGAGGAGGAACACGUUGCUCCUGCAGAGGUGGUCCAGAGUCCUCGCCCCCCGAGGAAGAAGAGCCCCCUGGUGCACCGCUGGGAGUCGGGCCUCGUCAACGGCGGCGAGCAGGACUUCUGAUGAGACGGACACAUCGAACGCGAUCAAAGCGACGCGCGGAGAGAGAGAACAGGCCGGAGGAGAGAGCGCCGACGGAGAGGAAGAAAGGAGAGAGAAUGCGAUGUUAGAAGGAGGUCAGGGAUUGAGGCUAGAAAGGGGGUCAGGCGGAUUGGGAGCAAGGAAAUGUUGAUGGUGAACUGAAACGCGUCCUUCAGCGAGAAGCAGGAGGAUCAGGGGGAAAGAAGAGAGGCUGGAAACGGCGAAUUAAAUAAAGAAUAGUAUUGCUUUUAGUUAAAAACACAUUUCUUCAUUUUAUGUUCUACUACUUCAUUAUGUAAAUAGAUUGAGUAGAGCAAACAUCUGCUGCUGCUUGUGAUGCCUUACUAGUUUAUUACACCUGUACAAUCAAAUGCAAUUUAAUAUAAGAGCCACGCAAUAAAUCUGACCUCAGCUCAGUCUGCUCCUUGUUGACUUUGCUCCGGGGAGUUGAUAGCUCAGGGCUGUGUUGGUUUUAUGGAGGGGUGGGGUCACAGUACAUGUACACGAUACCAGGCUUGACUUGACCACCACCAAGGCUGCGCGGUGGUGUUAGCAGAGGUUCCUGUUGUGUUAUUUGCGAGGACUGAGUUUGUUCAGCACAUCCCUCGAAUGGAAGAGGCCACAACCAUCAGAGAAAACAAUUUCCUUCAAAGGGUGAACAUGGUUUGAAACGAACCAAUUGGGUCAUAGUUCAUUCCUGCUGGACGCUAAGCAGACUGGGACUCCUUGUAUGAACUCUCUAAACUCUCUAAUCGAUUUGGAAGAACACCUGGAAACACCUGGAAACAGCUGGUUUAGCUACUGGAUCAACUUAACGAUCCGUACAGAUGUUUCACAUGUGACGUUUAUACUCAUUGCGCUGAAUCCAGUCCAUCAAAGGGCCACAUAUAGAGACAAGCAAUGUCUUCAUUCACAUCUCCAACAGAUGUAAUUACAUUUCAUACUUUGUCUUUGGACUGUGGGAGAAAACUGCAGUAGGAAAGAAAAAAAACCCAUGCAGACAGAGGGAGAACAUCGAACCCAGACCCUGUGUGUGUGUGUGUGUGUGUGUGUGUGUGUGUGUGUGUGUGUGUGUGUGUGUGUGUGUGUGUGUGUGUGUGUGUGUGUGUGUGUGUGUGUGUGUGUGUGUGUGUGUGUGUGUGUGCGUGUGUGUGUGUGUGUGAUCACGCUUUACUGACCUCCCAGUCCUCCCGUGAAUAAUUCAUCACCUCAUUCUGACUGGACUCAGCCCACUGACAUCGCCGCUGUGUUAUUAUGGUUGAGCUGCAGCGACUUCAGGGAUCAAAAUUAUUAAUAAGUUUCAAUCUUCUCUAGGCAACAUCCCUCAUAUUACCAUGUUGCACAUAACCGGAAACCUUGAUGCUACUACUACUGGAAUGCUUUGGCAUUAUGAAAAUUAAAAACAAGUUAGUCCCACAUGAAAUGUAUGUGGAUAAUAAAACACUGAUGCUUC